AUGACACUGCCUGUGAUCCACGUUCUAGCCUUCGGCGCUUGGCUGGCGGCACAGAGCCAGGCUACACCAAGUGCCCUCACCAUCUCUAUCUUCCCGAAGCCACCAGGGGUGAUCCCGCCGGGAGGCUCCACCACCAUCUGGUGCAGGUGCCAGUGUGCCACUGGGACCUUCGUGCUGUACAAGGACGGGCACCAGCUCCGUACGCUGGAGCUGCGUGGCAGCAGGGCCGAGUUCUCCAUCUCUAACGCCACCCAAGAAGAUGCAGGUCCAUACAGCUGCCAUUACCUGGGAGGAGAGUUCCGUCUCCCCAGACCUGUCCUCUCUGUCCUGCCUGGGAACGAUGUGCCUGCAGGGGCUUACGUGACUUUCCGUUGCACCAUCGCAAACGCCAGCGCUGGCUGUUUCCUCUACCUGGAAGGUCAGGUCAAAGAGACGGUUUUACUCCCCAAAGGAGAUGAUUUCACCAUCGCCCGUGUGCAUAGAGGAAAGGGGGGUCGCUACAGCUGCCAGUGUUUCACCGGGGCUACUCCAAUGCAAUGGUCUGCGGCCAGCCAGCCCCUGGAGCUGGUGGUGAGAGAUUACACCUGGAGCAACGUGGCACGCCUGGCCCUGGGCGCCGGGGUCCUGCUGCUGCUGGCUCUGAUGGUGGCCGAGGCCAC